AUGGUGGCUUUGGUCAGGGCUGAUCAAAUUCAGAGGGUGUGGUCACGUCCGCCGCAACCUUCGAGGUAUUAUGUUCAUGUGGUAAACAGGCUAAGCUACUCCGGUAUGGUAGUGCACUGCCAGUCGAAGGACGAUGAUUUGGGAUAUCACCAUUUGGAUAAAUAUGGAGAUGAUUACCAAUGGAACUUUAAGGAAAACCUUUGGGGAACAACCUUGUUUUGGUGCAAAUUGGUGAAGAGAGAUGCCUAUGUCUCUUUUGAAACUUUUUGGCCUGAGUCCACCAACUUCUGGCUCCGUGAUAGGUGUGGGAAUCAAGGAACUUGUAUUUGGACCGCUAAAGAUGAUGGGAUUUAUUUGAGAAACAAUCUUACUAAUGUUGAUGAGUAUGUUCACAAAUGGAUCCCUACUAGAUAA